UCACUCUUUUUUUCCAUCAGGUGAGUUUCAGCUUUCCAAGGCAAGAACAAGGAUGCUACUAAUGUGAAAUUCUGCAACGCAUGUCAAUUCGCCAAUAACGACCUCACAACCACGAUGGACGAGGUCCUCUCUACUCUGGAAACGGCAGAAUCGGACUUUGUCCAACCAAGUAUGACGAGACGGCUGCCAUUCAAAUGCACUUCCACGCCAUCCUCCGCGACAACUCUGGAACCUUGACCAUUAGCCUCGAGGACGGAGCUCAGGUCUUCCUCACCGGUGCUACCAACAGCCGGCGCCGAAGCUAUCGUCUCGAGCUCGAGGAUGAUCUGGAUGGAGUACUACCAGUCGGGUACCUCAUCUUCAUGUGUCGCUGGAUGCAUAGAGUGCGCUCUUGGCGACUCGAGUACGAGAAGGACAACGAACUGGUGGAGACCUUGAUGGAAAUGAUGAUGAGCGACAAAAAUGAGGAUCAGGAACGCACACGCAAGCGGGGUGGCAGGAAGCAAGAUGGCAUCACGCAUUUGAACUGCAGAUUACGGUAAAAAAAAUUAUGAAGAGGAGCCUGGGAAGAUGGAAUCGGAGAUGAUGGGCCCUGGAGGCCUGAUUGUAGCGGAUUAUGCUGUACUGUAUCGAAAAGUACGAAUACAUGAACUCUGAGUGCA